GAUUCGGGCAUUGGCACACCAGUCACUAUGCGUGUGGACUCCAAAGGUUUCUUUUUAUAUUGGAUUGAUCAGAACAAUGAGAUGGACAUACUGGAUAUUGCCACAGUACGAGACGUUCGUACAGGUCAAUACGCCAAAAAACCAAAGGAUGCGAAGCUGCGUCAGAUUGUUACUUUAGGCUCUCAGGAUACGCUUGAGGAGAAAACUGUUACUAUUUGCCAUGGUUGUGAUUUUGUUAAUAUGACAUUUGUUAAUUUUUGUUGCACAAAAAAAGAAAUUGCGCAGCACUGGUGCGAUGAAAUUAUGAAACUUGCUUAUAGUUUAGCACAACUGAAUGGCUCAGCCAAUAUGUUCCUGCUGAAGGCACACACCAAACUCACUCUGCAAGUCGAUAAGAGCGAUAAGAUUCCAGUUAAAAAUAUCAUUAAAUUGUUUACACAAAAUAAAGAAGAUCGCAAAAGGGUGGAAAGAGCGCUGGACAGUACUGGACUUCCUUCUGGAAAAAUUGAUACAUUACCCGCAUCCAAAUUUCAAUUUGAAGAUUUUUAUAAUCUUUAUAAAAACCUAACACAACGCACUGAAGUCGAAAAAAUCUUCGAUGGCAUUGUGGGAAAUUCGAAAAGAAAGUGUAUGACUACUGCGCAACUGGUGGACUUCCUAAAUAAAACACAACGUGAUCCACGUCUAAAUGAGAUUUUGUAUCCUUAUGCGAAUACAGCCAGAGCUAAGGAGAUCAUACAACAAUACGAACCAAAUAAGUUUAAUACGCAGAAAGGCUUAUUAAGCUUAGAUGGAUUUUUAAGGUACUUAAUGUCCGAUGACAAUCCUAUAAUGGCACCAAAUAAAUUAGAUUUCUGCGAUGACAUGGAUCAACCUAUGUCGCAUUACUUCAUUAAUUCAUCUCACAACACAUAUUUAACAGGCCACCAACUUACAGGCAAAUCUUCAGUCGAAAUAUAUCGACAGUGUCUGCUGGCUGGUUGCAGAUGUGUGGAAUUAGAUUUCUGGAACGGAAGAACAGAGGAGCCCGUAAUUGUACAUGGUUACACAUUUGUUCCUGAAAUUUUUGCCAAGGAUGUGCUCGAAGCAAUUGCAGAAAGUGCAUUUAAGACAUCAGAAUACCCUGUGAUAUUAAGUUUUGAAAAUCAUUGCAAUCCCAGGCAGCAGGCUAAAAUUGCCAAUUACUGCCGUGAAAUAUUUGGUGAUAUGUUGCUAGAUAAACCGCUUGACUCACAUCCGCUUGAACCCAAUGUUGAUUUGCCACCACCCGCGCUUCUCAGGCGCAAAAUAAUUAUUAAAAAUAAGAAGAAACAUCAUCACCAUCAUCAUCAUCACCACAAGAAAGGAGUGGCACUAGCUAUGCCAACAGCAGUCAAUAAACUAACUUCCACAAAUUCAGUGGAUGCCAGUAGCAAAGGAACAGUCAUCGCACCAGUUGUACCGCAACAAGUUCUAGUACAAGACGAUAACGCAGCAACACCGCCACCGCCAGUAAUUACAGGAAACGGAGACAUAGGCGGCAUUACUAGUACAAAUCACGCACCAUCUCUACAACAAAUACGGCAGAGUUCAAAAGAUAGCACUGGAUCAUCUGAUACGGAUAGUUCUAGCGAUGAUGAGUCCAUGCCUAAUACAACACCCAAUCCUCCAAGUGGCAAUGAACCUCCACCAGAGAAGGCACAAAAAGAAACUGAAGCUGGCGCAGAAAUAUCAGCACUGGUCAAUUAUGUGCAACCAAUACAUUUCAGUUCAUUUGAAAAUGCAGAAAAGAAAAAUCGUUGUUAUGAAAUGUCCUCCUUCGAUGAAAAACAAGCUACAACCUUACUUAAAGAACGACCCAUUGAAUUUGUCAACUAUAACAAACAUCAGUUAUCUCGUGUUUACCCAGCGGGUACACGUUUUGAUAGCUCCAAUUUUAUGCCACAACUUUUCUGGAAUGCUGGUUGUCAACUCGUUGCAUUAAACUUCCAAACUCUUGAUUUGGCUAUGCAAUUGAAUUUAGGAAUUUUCGAAUAUAAUGGGCGCUCUGGUUAUCUGCUUAAACCCGAGUUUAUGCGACGUACAGAUAGGCGCUUAGAUCCAUUCGCUGAGAGCACGGUGGAUGGUAUUAUUGCGGGCACUGUUUCUAUAACAGUACUCUCUGGUCAGUUUCUCACCGAUAAACGUGUUGGCACUUAUGUAGAAGUGGACAUGUUUGGCUUGCCAGCAGACACAGUGAGGAAAAAAUUUCGUACAAAAAUUGUACGUGAAAAUAGUAUGAAUCCAGUAUUCGAUGAAGAACCUUUUGUGUUUAAGAAGGUUGUAUUACCCGAAUUGGCUAGUAUACGUAUUGCUGCUUAUGAGGAGAGUGGAAAAUUUAUUGGCCAUAGAGUCUUGCCAGUUAUUGGACUUUGCCCUGGUUAUCGGCAUUUAAGCUUACGUUCAGAGAUUGGGCAACCUAUAGCGCUAGCAUCGCUGUUUUUAUGUAUUGUCGUAAAAGAUUACGUGCCCGAUGAUUUGUCAAACUUUGCCGAAGCUUUAGCUAAUCCCAUCAAGUAUCAAAGUGAACUAGAGAAACGCGAUAAACAAUUAGCUGUGCUAACUGAGGACACUGAGCCUGUGCCCGUCGAAGAAGACAAUACAAAUUCAUUCGUUUUUGUACAAGUAGGUGGUCAAAAGAAAGAGCUGCGCCCAAUCGAAUCAAUAACAAUGAGUCCUAAACACCGUACAAGUAUUACAGCAGCUUCGGCAAUGAGUGUCGAAGUUCAAAAUGAUCAGGAUAUGGCAGAUAGUGCCUCUGGUGUUGUAUAUAGUAUUCAGCAUCAGCAUUCGUUGGACCAGUCGGUGCAAACCUCAAUAAGGCAGGUGGAAUCAUCGCAGUUUGAUGUAGAACCCGUUGUAGCGGAACCACUAGAAAAGAUACUUGAACAUAAAUUGGUGCGUGAAAAACGGCUCGAGAUGGAGAAAAAACUCGAUACGUUACGAAAGAAACAUGAGAAGGAAAAAGUAAAAAUCGCUGGACAAAAAUUAAGCCCACUGGAAGGCAGCAAGAAGCCAAAGUUUGCAAUAACCAAUAAACUUGUAAAAAGGCUGAGCAAUAAAAGUCUCAAUUGCUUUUCUCCUAGCGAUCCAACUAUUGAAAUACCACCAUGCUUACAAGACCAUGGCACGCAUAGCGAUGAGGGUAACAAGGCACCAGUACCAGCACCAGCAGCAACAGCAACAACCGACACAGAUGACGCAGUUACACCGGCAGCUUCACGUACACAGUAUGAACGUCUCCUCAUAUCAUGCCGGGAUUAUUCAAGUCAAUAUCGUGAAAUACAAGAAAAGUAUCAUAGCACAAUUUAUGCUACAGCCGAUAAAAUCCUAAAAGCAUCACAGGCCAAUCAAAUAAAACAACUCAAGGCAACAUUAGACAGGGUGACAAGUGAAGUGAUGCACCAAUUGCAGGAAGCACGACGUAAUGAGGUUAAAAACUUGGCAGCAGUGCAUAGAGAUCGUGAUGAAUUGGUUAGAAUGAAAAGAGAAGUAGCGAGCUCAGUUGUGGAACGUGGCGUAGCUGAACGCGUGCGUCUAACACAAACUUAUGAAAAGCGUACGGAUGAUCUAUCAAAACAACAUGAGACUGUUCGCAAUGCCUUAGCCGAACAUAAUACAAAGGCACGACAAAUUCUUGAAAAGGAAGCAGACUCAAGAACUUGUGUAUUCGGUAAUGGAUUUUUGGUGCUCUUUAACAGCAACUUCGGAACGGGUAUUAGUAGCGGAGGCAGUUGCAGUAGUAAUAUGAAUGUAGCCACCACCAAUACGAGUAGUUGCUCCUCGACACUUGCAACAGGAAAUAAUUUCAAUCUGAAUUUAAGUGCUGACGAUGCUACCACCGCAUCCAUCUCACCAGCUCGUUCCAGCAACAACAUAAGUAGUGGUGCUGCAGCUUAGUCAUAAAAGUCAAUGGAUUUUGACUAUUUAGAAUUUCCCUAUUUAUAUAGAAAAUAAAAAAAAACAGUAUUUCAAAUUGAAAAUGUUCAAGAUUCCAGUUUUCAAUAUUAAAAACACUAAGUUAGCGAAAAGUUACAAAAGUUACUAAAGUUAAUUUCUCGUAUCUGAUGAAUCUUAAUUCGAAAUUUAAGUAAUUCA